GAAGCAAUGAAAAAAUUGAUGAAACGACGCGAUCAGUUCAUUGAUGUGGUGAUGGGGAUUAUAACAAAUGGAGCGUCCGGAGUCGAGAAUGCGUUUCUUUGCUUUGUGGACAUACUGAUAAGCUUUAAUCACUCCAAAAAUUUAUCUGUUCAACUGGACAAGGAAGCGAUUUGCACACUGUCAAUGUUUGUGGUCGAUAAUGUUUUUGUGGAAGAAAAUGAUGCGGAUCGCGCUUUGGAUCAGCAAACACAAGUGGAAUUGAUGCACCGACGUCGCAAAAUUUUGGCUCAAUUCUGCAAAUUAAUCGUAUAUGGAGUCCUACCAAUUCAUGAAGCCUCAACUGUCCUGCAAUUCUACACUAAGUUCUACAGCGAUUUUGGUGAUAUUUUAAAAUGUUUAAUUACGAAAUGUCGCGAAGUGGAUCGAUUGGCUUCCGCAAAAGCCAUCUCCAUAGCCCUCACUCAUCAGUACGAGGAACUGCGGCGAAAUUUUACGAAUCAAUGUAUGGAUCCAAAUUCGGAUGAAUUUGCAUCAGUUCGCGAUCUGGCGAAACGCUUGUCCAGUGUAUUUGGUUCGGAUCCGGUCAAAAAUCGUGAAGCACUGGCUGUCAUACAUAGGUAA